AUGUUUGAAAAAGGUAGAUGCUAUCGUACAAUUAAUAAUCAUAGGUCAGCAAUUUCUGCCUAUCAUAAGAGUGUUGAUGGACAGAAAGUCGGGCAACACGAGUUGGUUUGUCAGGUGUUGAAUGCAUGUUUUAAUGCCAGACCACCACAACCAAAGUACGCUAUGAUGUGGGAUGUUGAUGUAGUGCUUACUUAUAUAUGCUCUUUGCGGUGUAACAGUAAUUUGUCAGACAAACAACUGACAUCUAAAGUAAGCAUGUUAUUGGCCCUUGCAUCAGCAGGUCGUUCAUCUGAGCUUCGAGCUCUUGAUCUGAGAUUCAUGACAAUGACUGACAGCAGCAUUAUUUUUGAGCUUGGUCGACUAACAAAGUCACGGAGAAAAGGGCAAAAACCAAUCAAGCUGAUAUUUAAUUCCUGCCAGUCGGACCCUUUGUUAUGUGUAGUGUCAGUCAUUACCUCAUAUGUGGAUCGUACAAAAAGGUGGCGUUCUGUAUUAGCUCAGACCCAGUUAUUGCUAAGCUUUGUUGAGCCCCAUAAGGAGGUGGUGCCUUGUACAAUUGCAGGCUGGUUG